AAAGUCCACUUGUGUGGAGGUAAGAGCAGUUACAGAGGGGCCAUUUUGAAUCUGUGGUCAAAGGCAAUGGCUGGUCUGAAGCAGCCUGGAAGCCUGGGCUGCCAGGUACUGCGGCCCUGCUGGGACUGCCUGAGGGCCUAAGGAUAACGCUCCAGACUGCGGUGAUUCUCACAGAGGACCUUGAGAUUUCUGCAAUUUGAUCAAUGUCAAACGCCACUGGAUUUGCUCUGAGACUCUUGCCCUAGAGGAUGGCCAAAGGGCUCCUGAUGACCUAUGUCCUUUGGGCUUUGGGGGGUCCUGUUGGGCUCCACCACCUGUACCUGGGAAGGGACAGCCAUGCCCUGCUCUGGAUGCUCACCCUGGGAGGUGGUGGGUUGGGCUGGCUCUGGGAAUUCUGGAAGCUCCCAGGCUUUGUGGCCCAAGCCAACAGAGUCCAGAGUUGGAAACAGAGGCCGGAAGAGGAGAGACCACCUCUCAGUCUCCUUCGCUUUGCUUCCCAGAUAGUAGUGGGUGUCUAUUUUGGUCUUGUGGCUCUAGUCAGCCUUUCUUCCAUGGACAACUUCUAUAUAGUGGGCCUCCCACUGGCUGUUGGCUUAGGGGUCUUGCUGGUAGCUGCUGUUGGUAACCAGACCUCAGACUUUAAGAAUACCUUAGGAGCGGCCUUCCUCACUUCCCCUGUGUUCUAUGGCCGCCCCAUAGCCAUCCUGCCUAUCAGUUUGGCUGCCAGCAUUACAGCCCAGAAGCAUCGCCGAUACAAAGCCUCGGUGGGGCCAGAGACACUUAGUGUGCGGCUCUACCGCGUGGGCUUGGCUUACCUCGCCUUCACCGGCCCUCUGGCCUACAGUACGAUGUAUAACACAGCCGCCACCAUUAACUACGUGGCAGAAACCCUGGGUUCCUUUUUGAGUUGGUUCAGCUUUUUCCCACUUCUUGGCCGCCUCGUGGAGUCUGUCUUGCUUCUGCCUUGCCGGAUCUGGUGGCUACUGGUCGGAGGUCCUGGCUUCAAGAGCAGCCGGUUCCAGGAGUGGGAAAAGCUCUAUGAGUUUGUUGACAGUUUUCAGGAUGAGAAGCGUCAGCUGGCUCACCAGGUUCUGGGCGUCCCAGAAGGAGCAACCAAUGAAGAAAUACAUCGGAGUUACCGGGACCUGGUGAAAGUCUGGCACCCAGAUCACAACCGGCACCAGACGGAGGAGGCCCAGAGACACUUCCUGGAGAUCCAGGCUGCGUAUGAAGUCUUGAGUCAGCCCAAGAAGCCCAGAGCAUCCUAGAGGUGAAAAGCAACCACUCGAGGAUGGACUCAGUCUUGUCAGCACCAUCCUCAAAACCCAGGACCUGACAGUUAAAGAAACUGCUGGCAGCAGAGGCGAGGGAAACCUUACAGGGAUGAGAAGGGUAGAGAAUAUAUUUAUGUGUUGAAUUCUUGA